GCUCGACCUGCCCUGGUCGAGGAGGCGCCGGAGGUGGCCGCCGACGGGGCCGGCAAGGUCAAGGCUCCCGCCGCCGGCCCGCCCGGGACCCCGUCGGCGUCCGAGUGCCUGCUGUCCGAGCUGCGCGAGCACCACGACGGCGCCCUGCGGAAGCGGUCCAAGCUGAGGGCGGAGCGGCUGCAGUUCCGGACGCACCUGACGCAGCUCGAGUACGAGCUGCAGGCGGAGGAGGGCAUAGGGCGCGACCUGAUGCAGCGCAUCGAGACCCUCGAGGCCGCCAUCUGGCGGGAGCGCUGGCAUCGAGAGGGCGCGCGCGAGGAGGACUGGGGCGCGCGUGCGCCCAGCACCAGCCUCGAGGC